AUGGCCGCUCCGGGCAGCGGGUUGACGGCCACCGGCCUCGCCGUCACAGUGAUCGCUGUCAGCGUGGGCGUCAGCUCCACCGGCGGCUUCUUCUUGCCUCUCAGCUUCGCCGGGGUGCUUGCCGGCGCCAGCCUCAUCUUCGUCGGGGUCCGGGUCGCCGACGACGACCCGACGGCUCCCAUAGGACGCCCCGGGGUGCUCGCCGCUGGUGUUGUACACUGCCUGCGCCGCAACAUCGCCCUCGUUGGACUCCUCUUGGCUUCCUCUGCUGCCGCCAGUGCGACGGCGGCGACAGCGGACAGGGAGGCGGCCCCGGUGCUCUGCUUCUGCGCGUUUGCUGUGAUGCUACUCGGCCUCUCUCUCCUCAACACCGGAGUUCUUCUUCUCGGGGAACAGGAACACUAG